AUGGAAUUUUUAAAGGGAAUCCCUUCAUUAUCUCCUAUAGAUAAAUGCGUCUCCCUUAAAUCUAAGAAAAGAAAUCAAGAAGCAUAUGAUUUAUUAAAAAAGAUAGAAUCAUUAGUUAUGCCUAUUAUGAAAUCUAGAUCAUUAGAAGUAUCUGUAUUGGCAGAGUUUUUUCCGAAAAAUGAUGCUUUGUUGGGUCUUAAUAUAAAUAGAGGAUCCAAGAUUUGUAUUAGAUUAAGAAUGAAAGAUGACGAGAAUAUGUUUUAUCCCUUAGAUUAUUUAAUUGAAAUAAUGCUACAUGAAUUAACACAUAAUGUUUAUUCAUCUCAUGAUGCAAAAUUUUAUGGAAAGCUUUUUUUCUACAUGUUAAAUGAGUUAAAUUUGGAGUUCAAUCAAUUACUCUGUUCUGGUAAUAUUAAAAAUCAGUUUUAUUCCAAAGAUUAUAAAGUUGGCGAGAAUAUUUCUCGUAACUCUUUAUAUCACAAGACAAGGGUUUUAGAAGAGAAAAAAUUGUCAAAUACUUUAACUAAUGGUUCUGGAUCGAGAUUGGGAGGAACUAGAAACGUUGAUAAUAAACCUUUAAGAGAUUUGAUACGAGAAGCAACUGAAAAACGGAUUAAAAAUCUGAAGUGGUGUAUGUUUGAAUCAAAUAUUGUAAUUGAAGAUGAUGAAAUUUAUGAUGGACCUAAAAAUGAUAUAUUUUCUUCGGAAUUAUUGGAAUCAGGUUCUGAUUUAAAUAAUCCUCAAUUAAAGAAAAAAAUAAAAGUGUUAACUUCAAAGCCUAAGUUUUUUCAAAAAGAUAUUAUACCUGAAGAUUUAUGGUCAUGCACAUUCUGCACGUUUAAAAAUAAUGGGAAUUAUUUACAAUGCGAAGCAUGUUUAUCUGAGCGUUCUUUUAAUGUUUUUGAAUUUUUUAAUAAAAAAUGGAACUGUAUCAUAUGUUCAAAUCUUAACGAAAAACAACAAUAUUCUUGCGAAUUUUGUAAUACUAUACGAACUUAA